CGUUGGUUGUUGCCCAAUCUAAAUCUUUAUUUUUUAUAACAUUAUUCGGACAAAACAAUCUCUGAAAACUCCAUUUCUGAUUUCAACUCUCAAACCACCAUUAAUGCAUCACCAUCUUCCUUUCUAACUCUCUUUGACAGCUUUCUUCCACCAACACCAUCCUCUCUCUCUCUCUCUCUCUCUCUCUCUCUCUCUCUCUCUCUCUCUCUCUCUCUCUCUCACACACACACACACACACAUUUAUGUUGUACUUUCUCUUUAAGCUUCCACCAUUUUAGCUGUUCCUUAUAAUUUCUCUGUUCUCCAUCUCUUGACUCUCCGCAAAAGCAAUCAAAACAAUACUAGUAAAAGGGUAAAGCAACAGAGAAAGGAGAGUUUACACAGAACCCUUUUCUCCUUUUGGGUAUUUCUUACCAGUCAUGGGUUGCUCUGCUUCCCGAGCCAAUACUCUUUUCACCACCACCUCUAACAAUAAUAACCCUGAAGACCCAUCUCCAUCAUCUUCUUCUUCCUCGUGUUUGGACUCAAGGUUCGUUCCGCAAUCUCCAUCUCCAGUCACUAGAGCUCUCUCCCUUCCCACGCCGCUGGUUCAUCAUCCGCCGGCGAGAAAGGGCGAUACUCACCAUCUUGUCUCUCUCACAUCCACCACCUACGGCUCUUUACUCCUCAUUGAUCAACCAGAGGAAAAACACGGCGUUCUGGACGGCCGGGAUUGCGCCGGUCAACCCAAAUCACCUCCUCCAAUAUCCAUCACCAAGACUGCUUCAGUCACUGCAGAUCACCCUGGUGACUCACUGUCCCCUGAUUCUGUCAUCAACACUUGGGAACUCAUGGACGGUCUCGACGACGACUUCGAUUUUGAUCCAGGUAAGCCUAGUUCGCAUGUUACUGACAGCAAAAUUGAUUUUCCGGAGAAACCCAGUUCGUUUCAGUUUGCGGGAUGUGAUGGGUCUGUAAAGAAAUUGGAGGAUUCUUAUGAAUUUGUGAGAAUUGAGGACGUAGUGAUGGAGGAUUCCAAUUCUUUGACAAAACCCUUAUGGAAACAUUUAUCUGAAGAAUCCCUGCUUUCUAAAAUGGAUGCCAAUGUGGUUUCCAGUUACAGACGAGCAUUAUCUUCUAGACAAUUGGGAUGUAAUCUUCCCAAAGUUACAAAAUCUCCAAGUUCUAGCCCUUUAAGUUCAAAAUUAUCUAACAGUGAAAACCUAGCGGGCAAACAAAAUGAUAAACGAAUUGUAUUAUAUUUCACGAGCUUGAGAGGAAUUCGGAAAACUUAUGAGGAUUGCUGUUCUGUCAGAAUGAUAUUUAGGGGAUUUAGAGUUCCAGUAGAUGAAAAAGACAUCUCCAUGGAUUCCACAUAUAGAAAGGAAUUGCAGGCUGCUUUAGGAGGUACGGGUUUUAGUUUGCCACAAGUUUUCAUCAGAGGAAAUCAUGUUGGUGGAGCAGAAGAGAUUAAGCAGCUCAAUGAGAAUGGAGAGUUAGCAAAGCUUUUAGAAGGGUUCCCCGUUAAAGAUCCUGGCUUUGUUUGUGAGAGUUGUGGGGAUGCUAGGUUUGUGCCAUGCCCCAACUGUAAUGGGAGUCGGAAGGUUUUUGAGGAAGAAGAUGAUCGGUUAAGGAGGUGCCCGGGUUGUAACGAGAACGGGUUGAUUCGUUGCCCUGGUUGCUGCUUAUGAUUUCUGAUGCUGAAUCGGUGAUGCAUAUCAGUCUGGAAAUCUGUUGAUGAACUUCUAAAGGGUACUGUACUAUCUCUUAUAUUAUAUAAAGCCAUGAAUUUCCAUUAGUUCUUAGUAUUUUGCUUCAAUAUUGUUUAUUUCUCAACUAGGGAAUUAUCAUUGUUCAUUGUCUGUCUCAAGCCUUAACUCAAUGAAAUAAAAGGUGACUUGCAAGGUCCUGUUUCCAUCUUUGUAUUUAUUGAAUUCCAGUAUCGAUUUUAUA